AUGUCCGUGGCCUCCGCGAGCCCGGAGAGGAUCCAAGCUCCGCAGAGCCCGAUCAUGGAGCCCUCGCCGUCUAGGCUCUCCACCACCGGACCGGCCUCCGAAGCUGAAGGCUCGUCCUCGCCGGUUCUCUCAUACUCUGCCGACACACCCGAUCGCAGCGAGACUUGCAAUUCUUCUCCCACCGUCGAUCCUCAGUCUGCAGCAUCAUUGAAGAGUGAAGAGUAUCGCCAGUUGUUUCGUCUUCCACCUGAUGAAGCCCUCAUUGAAGAUUUCAACUGUGCAUUCCAGGAGAACAUACUUAUUCAGGGUCACAUGUACCUGUUUAUUCAUUAUAUUUGCUUUUACUCAAAUAUAUUUGGAUAUGAGACAAAGAAAAUAAUCCCAUUACAAGAAGUCACAAGCGUAAAAAGAGCGAAGACAGCAGGGAUCUUCCCUAAUGCCAUAGAAAUUUUUGCCGGAGCCAAGAAGUACUUCUUUGCAUCCUUUCUGUCCCGUGAUGAAGCUUUUAGGAUCAUAAAUGAUGGAUGGGCACAAUAUGUGGAUGGUGGCAAAGCAAAUACAGAACAGCAGGACUCAAUAUCUGAGACCAGCAGCCAAGAGAAUGGAGUUGUAAUUGAAAGCGUGGAAAGCUCCAAAUGCUUAGUUAAUGAAUUGGAUUCCACUGAGAGGAAUGAGGACGCUCAUAUUUCACAAGAUUCUAAGCCUGCAUCCAAUGAUGGAGAUGAUUCUGUGUUGACAUCACUUCCAGGGCCACAAGAUAUUGCAGAAGGGGAUCUAGAACCAUCUCUGAAUGGUGACCCUUCAUGUUUGAAAGACUCUUUGAUCUGGAAGGAGGAAAGUUAUGAUGCUCCAAAUAUUCCAGAAUGUUAUACAAUGGUUGCGGAGUCGCAGUUUCCGAUAAAGGUUGAAGAUUUCUUUAAUUUAUUUUUUUCUGAUGACGUGUUCACCGAAUCAUUUCAUAGAAGUUGUGGAGAUAAAGAGUUAAAGUGUACUCCAUGGCAUCUUCAUGAAACAUUUGGGCAUACCCGUGAUGUUUCAUUUCAGCAUCCAAUAAAACUUUAUUUUGGUGCAAAAUUUGGUAGCUGCCAGGAGCUCCAGAAAUUCCGAGUUCACAGAAACAGGAAGGUACGGCAAAUUAACUUAGACAUCACAAGAAUCAGCGAUGUGCCUUAUGCGGAUUAUUUCCGGGUUGAGGGGCUUUGGGACAUUGAGAGAGAUCCUGAUGGAUCAAAGGAAUGCUGCAAUUUAAAGAUUUAUGUGAAUGUGGCAUUUUCAAAGAGAACUGUUUGGAAAGGCAAAAUAGUACAGUCUACCAUGGAAGAAUGUCGAGAAGUUUUUGAAACCUGGAUAAACAUGGCACAUGAACUGUUGAAGGCGAAGAAUCUUGAACGAAAAGAUGCUGACGUUACUACAAUGUACAAUGAUUCAUGCAACAAUCUUCAAUAUGAGAUGGGUGAAUCUACAGAAAUGUUUUAUGAGCCCAGUGAAAAUAGUACGGUACAACACAUAUCUGAAUCCAUGGAUGCAAACCAGCGAGUUGGCAAUCUGUUGCAAGGAAAUCUGAUUGAUGCUUCCCCUCUUACAUCAUGGUUAAGAGAAUCUGUGAUGAAAUUCCAGUCAUCUUUGAGAAGUCAAAGCAGCCAUCUUCCCUUAAUCUUAGUUAUUGUUUUUGCCGUGAUUUUUAUCAUGCAGUUGAGCAUACUCGUGCUACUAGCUAGACCCCAACAUAUCCAUGUGCACUCUCCUGCGGACUACAUGAGCAGCUUGGGCAGUGUAGUAGGCGAAAGAUCGUCUGAAGUCGCCAAUUGGCUGGAGAAGCGAAUCCACCACCUUAAAGAUGAGAUGCACUUUGUUGAGACUCGGCUCGAGAGCAUGCGUCAUGAGCAUGCUCUCUUAAAAGCUCAACUUGAGGACUUUAAGCAUCUUAGUAAGCGUAGGUAA